CCUUAAAACGAGCUUUCAGUGCACUUAACAUGACGAAAAUACUUCCAACCCGUGUAGGAGGAACUCGUUGGAUGCCACACAUGCUUAGAGCAAUAAAUGUUAUUAUCAAAGGUUACAGGGGAUUUAAAGCUCACCUAGAAAGUGCUUCACAUGAAAAUCCAAAAGCUGAAGGACUUGCCAAAAUUCUAACUGAUGUAGCGGUUGUCACAUUCAUGUUGAAUUUAAAGGAAAUCAUAUCACCUUUGAACAGACUAUCCUUGAUUCUGCAGAAACAGAACCUAACAUUGUAUAAUGGACAUGCACAGAUCAAAGCAACUACAGAAGUUCUAAAAAUAUGCAAACCAAAGUAUGGGGACCAUGAGAUUCAUCUUGUAAAGAAAAAUCUCAAGUCCACCUUAAUAAGGUCAGGCAUGGAUAUAGAGGAAGUUAACACAGAGUGGGCCAUUUUGAAAUCUUUAAUAUAUCAAAGGUACAGUAACAGACUUAUAGAUGGUGCCUUGACAUGGGGAUCUGUGUUUGAAACAUUCAGGGAUGGCCUUGACAAUAUAAAGCUUGUUAUAGAUGCUCUGCUCAGUCUACCACCAACAAGUGUCAAUAACGAAACUACAUUCAGCAGAACCAAACUCAGCAAAGGCAAGAGGCGGGGUCAUUUGAAGACGGACACAUUGAAGGACUUUAUCCAAGUCGAAAUUGAGACUGCUAAUGUUGAGCAGUUUGACCCAAAGCUGGAUGAUUACCCCUUCAGACAGAAGAAGGAGAGUUGGCUAUUCCAGACCAUCACGGUUAACCGAGACACUCCAAACAAACACAGUCGACCAAGAAACUGUUGUGGUUGGUCAUGAUGAGAUUGAUACACCAGCUGCUGGUCAAGACAUCCAGGUAUUUAUUGUAUUUAAAAUACAUCACAUAGUUCAUAAAAGCAUUCAAAUAUUUG